GUUUGGUAGUCGCGCUCAAAACUCGACGUAUGUAAAUCGGGAACCAGUUGAUUAGCCAAUAUCCACCUGAACGUAAACAAUUUCGUAUUCGAUACAAAUGAAUUUACUAUAUUUUGGAAUUGUUUUAGCCGGGCUGAUUAGUCUAGGAUCAGCCCUUGAGUGUUAUGUGUGCAAUGACCAGCCCAACAACCAGGACAAGUGUGUGAAGACCACAAUCCAGUGUAAGAAGAAUCACGACACAUGCAGAACAUACAUCCACUGGAGACAGCCACCAUAUUGGACACCUCGAAGUGAGCGCAUCUUCUCAAUUGACAAGUCUUGUACGACACGUCAGGAGUGUGAGAACGAACAGAGGGUGCUUGGCCUGCGCUGCUUCAGGGACUGGUACCGAGACUGGAUGUGUACCGAGUGCUGCCAGGGAGACAGAUGUAACUACUAUGUCACGCUUGGAGCCUCCAGUGUACAGCUGAGUAUCGGCCUGCUAGCCUCGGCCCUGCUGUUUAUCCAGAUGGUGUUGAACGUGCGUCGAUGAACCCCAGUCUAACAUCUCACAGUUGACAUUAAUUGGAAUCACAGAAUUUAACCUACAGGCAAUAGAAAAACUACAUGAAUACAACUUGACAGUAAUCGUCAGAUGGACAUUUUAUCAAUAGACAUAUGCGACUGAAAUCUAGGCACUUUCAUGUUUCUGUUACUUUUUAUGCCCCCGGUAGGGUAGCAUAUAGCAGUUGAACUGUCCGUCAGUCAGUAUGUCAGUCUGUCCGUCCCAGAAAAAAAACUUGAAUGUUGGCCAUAACUUUGCAAUAUUGAAGAUAGCCACUUGAUAUUUGGCAUGCAUGUGUAUCUCAUAAAGCUGCACAUUUUGAGUGGUGGAAGUUCAAAGUCAAGGUAUUCUUUCAAGGUCAAAGGUAAAAAAAAAUAUAAUAAAAAAAUGUUUUAUUUCAUAGCGGCGCAGUAGGGGGCAUUUUGUUUCUGACAAACACAUUUCUUUUAUCAUAAAGUUUGUGUAAGCAAUAGCUGGAUAUGUACAUAGGCGCUUAUUCCAUUUGUAGAUUGUACAAGUUUAUUUUGAGCAAUCUUUUUGAAUGAAGUGACACGAAUCCAGCGCAAUUAACAUAAUUUUUUGAUAAAAUAAAAUGUGCACUAUAAUCUAAAAAUUUCAUCUGUACAUGUUGUUUACAAGCAAUACACACACACAAGCUACCUAUCUUUAAGUUAUGUUUUGAAACAACUGAAAAAGAAAUUGUUGAAAAAUAUAACUUCAACACAAAUUCAAGUAAAUUUUAGUGGCUUGUUUUUGGAUAUCUGAAUUUUAUUACAAUUCUCUAUCAAAAGUCAUUGGCUAUUUAAUGCUUUCAACUAAGAAUACUUCUAUGUGGCUCAAAGAAACAUGAAAACAUUUUGAUGUCAGAGUAUCUGCUUAUUUUAUUUGAAUAGAAUUAUGAGAUUGAAAACCAAGUUUAGAUGUGAUUUUGUAUAGCAUUGUAUAUAAUUAUCUUUUUCUCAUAGAUCUUUAACAUUGUACAUAGACCAUUCCUUGAUAAUUUCAAUAUGUAUGAACAUAUCAUAAUUUUGUAUUGAAUUUCAUAUUAAUUUUAAAAAGAUCAAUUUUGUAUACCCCUUACCCCUUACCCAUGUAGCUGACUGACGUUUACCUUAAUAGCUAACAUUUACCGGACUCUUACUAUUUUAACUCUUUCCCACUCAGAGUCAAAGUUAAAAUGGCUAUGUGCAAACAGCAUAAAACCAGAACAGCCUGCGAGUAACUCGCAGUCUGUCCAGGUUUUAUGCUGUUUGCUGCCCAUCAGUAUCUAAGGGUGGGAAAUGAAGCCUUUAAAACUUGAAUCUAUUAAGCAAGGUUUUUAAUUUAAUAUAACUUUCUAAGGGACUACAAAUGGGUCAAAAUAUGUAUUUAAGUGGUAAAGGGUUAUACAAAUGAGUCGUGCUCUGUGAAAAGGGUGUUUAAUGCAUGUGCCUCAAGUGUCUUCCUAGAUUAGCAUGUGCAGUCCGCACAGACUUAUCAUGAACGACACUUGCAUGUGCAGUCCGCACAGACUUAUCAUGAACGACACUUGCAUGUGCAGUCCGCACAGACUUAUCAUGAACGACACUUGCAUGUGCAGUCCGCACAGACUUAUCAUGAACGACACUUGCAUGUGCAGUCCGCACAGACUUAUCAUGAACGACACUUGCAUGUGCAGUCCGCACAGACUUAUCAUGAACGACACUUGCAUGUGCAGUCCGCACAGACUUAUCAUGAACGACACUUGCAUGUGCAGUCCGCACAGACUUAUCAUGAACGACACUUGCAUGUGCAGUCCGCACAGACUUAUCAUGAACGACACUUGCAUGUGCAGUCCGCACAGACUUAUCAUGAACGACACUUGCAUGUGCAGUCCGCACAGACUUAUCAUGAACGACACUUGCAUGUGCAGUCCGCACAGACUUAUCAUGAACGACACUUGCAUGUGCAGUCUGCACAGACUUAUCAUGAACGACACUUGCAUGUGCAGUCUGCACAGACUUAUCAUGAACGACACUUGCAUGUGCAGUCCGCACAGACUUAUCAUGAACGACACUUGCAUGUGCAGUCCGCACAGACUUAUCAUGAACGACACUUGCAUGUGCAGUCCGCACAGACUUAUCAUGAACGACACUUGCAUGUGCAGUCCGCACAGACUUAUCAUGAACGACACUUGCAUGUGCAGUCCGCACAGACUUAUCAUGAACGACACUUGCAUGUGCAGUCUGCACAGACUUAUCAUGAACGACACUUGCAUGUGCAGUCUGCACAGACUUAUCAUGAACGACACUUGCAUGUGCAGUCUGCACAGACUUAUCAUGAACGACACUUGCAUGUGCAGUCCGCACAGACUUAUCAUGAACGACACUUGCAUGUGCAGUCCGCACAGACUUAUCAUGAACGACACUUGCAUGUGCAGUCCGCACAGACUUAUCAUGAACGACACUUGCAUGUGCAGUCCGCACAGACUUAUCAUGAACGACACUUGCAUGUGCAGUCCGCACAGACUUAUCAUGAACGACACUUGCAUGUGCAGUCCGCACAGACUUAUCAUGAACGACACUUGCAUGUGCAGUCCGCACAGACUUAUCAUGAACGACACUUGCAUGUGCAGUCCGCACAGACUUAUCAUGAACGACACUUGCAUGUGCAGUCCGCACAGACUUAUCAUGAACGACACUUGCAUGUGCAGUCCGCACAGACUUAUCAUGAACGACACUUGCAUGUGAAGUCCGCACAGACUUAUCAUGAACGACACUUGCAUGUGCAGUCCGCACAGACUUAUCAUGAACGACACUUGCAUGUGCAGUCCGCACAGACUUAUCAUGAACGACACUUGCAUGUGCAGUCCGCACAGACUUAUCAUGAACGACACUUGCAUGUGCAGUCCGCACAGACUUAUCAUGAACGACACUUGCAUGUGCAGUCCGCACAGACUUAUCAUGAACGACACUUGCAUGUGCAGUCCGCACAGACUUAUCAUGAACGACACUUGCAUGUGCAGUCCGCACAGACUUAUCAUGAACGACACUUGCAUGUGCAGUCCGCACAGACUUAUCAUGAACGACACUUGCAUGUGCAGUCCGCACAGACUUAUCAUGAACGACACUUGCAUGUGCAGUCCGCACAGACUUAUCAUGAACGACACUUGCAUGUGCAGUCCGCACAGACUUAUCAUGAACGACACUUGCAUGUGCAGUCCGCACAGACUUAUCAUGAACGACACUUGCAUGUGCAGUCCGCACAGACUUAUCAUGAACGACACUUGCAUGUGCAGUCCGCACAGACUUAUCAUGAACGACACUUGCAUGUGCAGUCCGCACAGACUUAUCAUGAACGACACUUGCUGUGUAAACUGCAUUUUUGCAUGGCCCAAAUAUAUUUAGGUAUGAUGAUGAUCAGUGUGUGACACAUAAUUUAAGUAUUUAAUUCUUGUAAAAAUUCACAAUACUCCGGUAAAUGUUAGCAUCUAUUGUCAAAUGUUUUAGUUAAUUGCCAUUUGUCAGAAUAUUAUGUUUUUUAACUAGAAAACAGACUGUAAUUAGGAGCCCAAAACUCUUUCCAAUACAUGUUGUUCUAUUCAAAUCAAUGUUACUGCUAAUGAUUUUAUGGACCAAUGAAAAACUGCAUUUUAGAAACACGGCUGAUAUUUAUUUUGAAUAUCAAUUUAGCAGGAAAAACCCUAUGCAUUCCAGUUUGGUUGUGAAGCUUUUUCAAUCUAUUUUAUAUGCAUAUAAUAUUUGUGUACUCUACCACUGUAAAUACAUCUGGAAAUACAUUUAUAAUUUUGUA